GCUGCGGGCGGCGGCAAGGCGGAGGCAGAGGCUCGGCCCUGCGGGGCUCAGAGCAUUCUGGGGCGGCCGCAGGUAUCCGUAGGGCACAGGGUGGGUGUGGGGGUGGCUUCUGGCCUUCUCCGCAUCCAGGGGCUGGGCCUUCACGGGGCCGUAAAUCUCUGGAGGUCACUUAGCCCGACACCCCCUGAACAAGUCCCUCAGGAUUAGUCCAGGUGGCUUUGGAACAUCCUUAGGAAAGGAGACUAAGAAGGUCUGGGCAACCAGCGCCCACCAAGAUCAAUAAAAUAGGUGGGUGGGUGAUUGUUCUGCAGAGGCAACCUGUGUGGGGAGCAUCACUUGGGAAAAGCCUGUGCACUUCUGGAUAACAGACCUGAUGAGUCCAUGGAUGUCAGGAAGGACGAAAGAGAAAUGGAAGCAGAUGGAGCAGUUCCUGUGAAGGAGAAGAGGAGCAAGCCCAGUCUGAUCUGUCCUCUGCCAUGCAGCCGGAGUUACCUCCCUCCCAAGGGCCUGCAGAGCUGCCUCGAGUCCCAGGUCAGGGAGGUCUUUGGGCCCUCUCUUCCUGAGGACUGGCAGCAGACUCCCCUGCAGGAGAACAGGCUGAAACAUCACCUGCUGGCCCGGCUGGCAGCAGAGCUGGGACACGCUGUCCCCAACUCCCAGCUGCACCAGAUGCGCCGUGCUGGGGACGUCCUGGGCUUCUAUCACACCCCCAUGAAGGACGGGAGCAAGAUCGAUGAACUCGUGGCCACAGAGCUGCCCCUGAACUUGCAAAUCAUCUGGCAACACUGAUCCUGCCAUGGAGCAUCCCUGUGGUGCCUGGCUUGUGCUACAGGGCAGCAGCAGAGCCCUCUCUUUAGGAUGAAAUCUGUGAAUUUCACUAAUAAAAGUUCACUGAGCUGUGCUUAGA